AAAACCCUCAGGCCAACAAAUCAAUGGACCCAACUGAGGUUAUCAAGAUGAUGUCUCCCGGUGAUAGUGUUGUUAUUCAUGCUGAGUUAGAUUCUACUGCACGUGUCAAUUUCCCAUUUGCAAAGGCAAAUGACAAAUUUGAAUUUCAAUUUGCGCUGAAAUCAGUAAUGACACAAGAGGAAUAUCAAGCAAAUUUGAAAGCUAGUUCCGAAAAAAGUAAAAUUCAAGACGAAAAAACACUUUUAGCCUAUUUUGCCAAAAACAAUAUAAAAGCUAAAAAAACCGCUUCAGGACUAUACUAUGCCAUUAGCAAAAACGGUGUUGGUGCCACGCCCGAAGCAGGAAAAGAAGUCAGUGUUAACUAUACUGGUAAGCAAAUGGUUAUUGCAGGUUGGGAUGAAGGACUUGCAUUACUCAAUAAAGGAGCAAAAGCAGUAUUGUACAUUCCGAGUUACUUAGCAUACGGUGCUCAAAGUCCGAGUCCUAAAAUACCUAAUAGUAUUCUUAAACUCGGCGCACCAGAACUACCUUGGAUGAAAAAAGGAGCUGGCUGGUGGUUUGACCAAGAUGUAGUAGUAGUAAAGCAGAAAAAACAAGCUGAUGCCUUUAAAGAAAAAGCCCAAAAAGCUAAAGCGCAAAUGAUGGCCGAUUCUACUGCAAUAGCUAAAUACGUUAAAGCGAAUAACAUUAGCGGUACAAAAAAACAUCCUACUGGAUUGGUUUACAAAAUGAUUAAAACAGGAACUGGUGAUACAGCUCGUGCAGGUCAAAAAGUAACGGUAAACUAUACUGGUAAAACAAUUGAAGGCAAAAAAUUUGACUCUAAUGUCGAUUCAGCAUUCAAUCAUGUGCAACCCUUUAGUUUUACACUAGGUCAAGGUCAAGUGAUUCCAGGUUGGGAUAUUGGCGUUUCAUUGCUACAAAAAGGUUCAAAAGCUACUUUGUUUAUCCCUAGCCCAAUGGCUUAUGGCGAGCGUAGCCCAAGUCCUGAAAUACCAAAAAAUGGUAUUUUGAUUUUUGAUGUUGAAGUAACUAAUAUCGAAGCUGGAGAAGCCCCUCAAGAACAUGGUCCUGGCGAUGGUCAUAACCAC